UCAUUUUGGCCAAACUGAAGCAUAAGAAGAUAGGAGAAGAGAGAGAGAGAAUAACAGCUUUUCUUUCUUCCUCCCUCUGUUUUAUUCCGCGACUUUUGUCUAGUUUGGACUACUAAUCCUCUUCUGGAUGUACUUGAUCUAAAGUGCCGGUGAUUGGGCUCCAAUUACCGAAAACUCUUUGUGUGCCCGUGGCAGCCAUGCCCAUUAAUACGCAGGUGGUGCGAGGCCACGCCCACGACUCAGGAGAACCCGCCCGGCAGAGGCCGGCCAGUCGCGAGGAUGACGAGAUGGGGGCGGAUCGAGCAUCGCAAAGACGUCGUCGUCGAUCGAGCCAGACUCACCAAGAGAGUCUCAUGUGGUUUCCUUCUAUCACGGCUUGGUUUGAGAGCUUGGACCGUAAGAAAUCCAUCACUGUGUUGACACUGGUCUACAUUAAUCUGAUCAACUACAUGGAUCGAUCCACGGUGGCUGGCAUGAUCGACAGCAUCAAGAACGACCCCUAUUUCCAAAUCCAUCAUGAUCAGUACCUGGGCUUGUUGCAAACGGCCUUCGUUUUCUGCUACAUGAUCUUCGCCCCGCUUUUUGGCUACCUCGGGGAUCGCUACGACCGCACUUGGAUCAUCGGUUUCGGGAUCACGUUCUGGUCCAUUUCCACCCUCGUCGGAUCGUUCAUGACCAAUUUUUGGAUGUUUCUACUCUUCCGAGCCUUCGUGGGCAUCGGCGAGGCUUCCUACUCGACCAUCGCUCCGGCCAUCAUCAGUGAUUUGUUCUCCAAAGACACCCGAUCCAAAGUGCUGGCCCUGUUCUAUUUCGCCAUCCCAGUGGGCACAGGACUGGGAUACAUGGUGGGGGCGGAGGUGGCGGAUCGAUCCGACGAUUGGCGUUGGGGAUUGAGAAUGACCCCUUUCAUGGGGCUUCUGGCCAUCCUCGGAGUCUGGUUCGUGAUGGAGGAUCCGCCCAGAGGCGUGAGCGAAGGAGCUCAUCUUCGCCCAACUUCGCCCAGAGUGGAUCUGAAUGCCUUGCGCAAGAACAAGAGCUUCAUAUUUUCAACCAUUGCUUUCACUUGUGUCACUUUCAGUGCGGGAGCCUUGAUGUGGUGGGGCCCGCAGUUCGCGUUUUACGGCGCCAAGGCGGCUUGCGGAUCGAAGGCGGGAUGCGAGAACAUCAUGCAAUCGGACGUGUCCUACAAAUUUGGCAUCGUAAUGACUUUUGCCGGGCUGAUUGGCGUCCCGGCCGGUUCUUACGUAUCACAGAAGAUUCGCCAUCGAGUGCCCAAUGCCGAUCCCAUCGUCAGUGGAACGAGUUUGCUUCUGAGCGUGCCCGUUCUCUUCAUCGGAUUCGUGGUGGCUCGUUAUAACGUGGGUUGGUGUUACACUUUGACGUUUUUGGCAGGUCUAUUGCUGAACUGCAAUUGGGCCAUUGUGAGCGACAUGACUCUAUACAUCGUGAUCCCAACUCGGCGAAGUUUGGCUAGUGCCACGCAAAUCCUGACCUCUCACGCCUUUGGCGAUGCCAUCUCGCCCUAUUUGGUGGGCGUCUUGGCCGAUCUAAUUCGGCCAAUCAUCUCAACGGAAGAUUCUGCGGAUACCUCAUCCUUUGCCGCGGGCAAAGGUGGCUUCACUCCCAAAUAUUACGACAUCGAAUUUCGCAGCCUCCAGUACGCCCUGUUCCUCUCGUGCUUCUUCCAAGCUUUUGGAGCCCUGUUCUUCUUUAUCACGUCGUUCUACGUGUUGGAUGACAAGGCUUUGGCGGACAUGGCCAUCACCUCGGGCGUGUCAGACGAUCCAUUGGAUGAUGAAAAUGAUGACACUGUUCCAAUUGUCAGAGCCAUGGCCAACCAGCAAAACAACGGCCUACUUUACCGUGACAACCCAUCGAUUGAAGAGGUGCCCAUUGUAUCGGACUCAAGCCGACGCAAUCGGUAAUAUUCAGUGCACAGCGCCCACCAGACCCCGCAGUGUUGACAUGAAACAAACAUUGCGAGCUCUAAACCCAAUCCAAUUUUUGAGCCCGCCCAAAACUCGACUCUUGGCUU